GAGCGUACACAGAGUAGCACAUGGGACCAUGAUGUUGACCUUACCCUGAGAACAACUCUGGCGUAGCCGUAGAUAGAUGUCCCAUUCCAUGUUCCAAUCGAAACAAACAAUUAAAUUCAAAUUUUUUUUCAAACUUCGCGAACAGACCUGUCUCUGUUGUUUUUGCCAUGUUGUAUACAAAAGAUUAUGUAGUAAGAUCUUUCGUUUUCUCACACAUUUAUAAUUUCGUCGGUGCUUGCUGUCCAUGGUUUCCCAAAUGAGAUUUGAAAGAUGUCGGAUCUCAAAAAAAUAAAAAAGUAGGAGAUAGGGUCUGUACUUUUUUAGGAGAUGCAGAUAAGAGCCUUUUUUGUUACAUGGUCCAUAAAAUAAAUGGGUUAAGUUAAAUUUGGUUGUUUUUGGCAAUUCCAUAGGGCUUUCUACUAUAUAUAUAUUUAUAUAAAUAUAUAUAUGCAGAUAAAGAGAUUCCUGCAAGGGCACCCUCGGAAUUAGUACAUUUAGCUAUAUACAAAAAUGGGAUUAUGUCAAAAUUUAAGUACAAACGGCACAUGUCUCUCCCCUUCAGUCCCCUUCUGUUCAUGACCCAAGCUCAGACAGCUUCAAUGCUGGUGGGAAGAUGAAAUGACUUUUUGAGAACCAAUCAAAUUUGGAUGCUAGGAUGAUGACAUUGACAAUGAAGACGGUUGUAGAAGACAACACCGGUGACACCUUUCGGGAGCGUGCUGAAUCUUACUAUCAGAAACGGCCUCAGCUAAUUGCCCUACUCCAAGACCUCUACAAUGGCUACAUCACCUUAUCUGAUCGUUACAUUCAAACAUUGGCCAAAUCUCAUCGAAGUAAUUCGUCCCGAAUCUCAGCUGUGGAUUUUGAUAAGUCUGAUCUUGAAGAAGAAGAUGGCAUGACCAACGUGUUUGAUUCGGAUGCCGAGAGCUCCCUGUCUUACCAACAACCUCCUCAGAUAAUGCUUGAUGGAUAUGGCACAUCGGUAGGUGAUGCCAUUGUUGCAGAUCUCGUGAUCAAGAACGUUGAGUAUGACAUAUUACAGCAUGAGAUGGGCGUUAUAGAGCAGCGCAGUAGUGAGUCCUCAAGGAAGAUAGAUUUGCAGAAGAGCUUGCUUGAAGUGCUAGAGUCAGAGAGGCUAAUACUACUGAAUGAGAAUGCAAGGUUACGGUAUAGGGUGCAUGCAUUGGUGGAUGAGAACAAAGGGUUGGCGUCAGAAUCUACACUCAUGAAGAGGAAGGCUAGCGAGUUGGCAAGAUGUGUGCUGAAGAUGAGGGAAGGUCAUAGGGUUUUCAUGCUCAAUCGUAGAAUAGAGGAUCUUCAGGCACAGAUUUAUGGGUUGGAGAAGAGGAACAAGGAGUACUAUGAGCAGCUUGUACAGAGAGACCAACGUGUUAAAGAAUGCACAGGAAAAAAGAAUGUUGUUGAGGAUGAUGUCGUGGAUGAUUGCUCUAAAAGGGAGAAGCAGCCCAAUCUGAGAUUGAAGAAGGGUAGUAUCCGUGGGAAGAAAGGUCAUGGAUGGUGGAAAAGGUUCAAGAACAUGGACUUGUUUUUUUGUGGGCUCGACUUAAGUUGUACUUGACAAUGUGUAUUUGGGUCAAACUAUUACAUGGUGUUAUGAUAUAGCGUAGCAUCCCCUGGAACUUUCUUUUUUAUUAGGUUUUUCUGGAACAUUUGAUAGUCAAUCUAAUCUCUCAAUAUUAAUGAUGUAUUGAUAAAA